GUCCUCCACUAAGAGGACACCUGUCCCCUUCUCUAUAUUCCAAAGCUCUGCUCUCACUCCAAAUCCCAAAUCCCAAAUCCCAAAUCCCUAACCCUAACCCUCCUCCCCUCCAUCAAAGAUCCAAUCUUUUCUCAAUCCUCUCAAUACCAAUUCAAUGGAGCCGCCAACGGAUAUCGAGGAUUGGGAAAUUCUCAACGAAUCAGACUCAGCCCCGAAUCCCAAACCCUUGGAACCCAUCGAUUCCGAGGACGGCGCGAUCAAGCCUGACUACUUCUCCUUGAAUCCGACCAAACCCCAGCGGAAAUCCGAGGACGAGAUCGAUGAGGGCGUCGUCGAUUCCGAUAACCCUAGCUGGCUCGAUCCCGAUUCGGAUUCGAGGUACCAAGCAAUCUCAAAUUCUAGAAGCUGUUGGUCCCGUUGGUCACUGCGGCACAACCGCGCGCGCCGCUGGCGUGCUGGCGGAGAUAGGUGGGCCCCAGAGAACGAGGAGGUUGGUGGCGGUGAAUUGGGGAAAGGUGGGAGCUUUGAUGGGAAUGAGGAGAGGGUUUGGUGGAGGAUGCCAUUGGAGGUGCUGAAGCAGUGGGUUUCAAGGGCGAGGCCUGUGUGGUCGAUCUCCAUCAUGGCGGCCAUUGUUGGGGUUGUGAUGCUGGGAAGGAGAUUGUACAAGAUGAAGCAGAAGGGGAGGCGCAUCCCUUUGAGGAUCGCUAUUGAUGACAAGAGGGCAUCACAGUUCGUGGCCCGUGCUGCACGUCUCAACGAAGCGUUCUCUAUAGUGAAGCGUGUUCCCGUCAUAAGACCUUCUCUUCCAGCAGGCAGCGUCACUUCUUGUUCCAUGGCUUCCUUGAGAUAAUGCAGAG